AUAUAGCAAAAAUGGGUUCCCUUUUGACUUGUUCAACACUUGUAUUAUUGUUUGUUGUAGUUUUUCUGGUUGAGUGUAACAAUGCAUACUACCCAGGCGGCGGCAAACACCGUCGAUUUGCGUCACACAAUUACAAAGAUGCACUCACAAAAUCAAUACUGUUCUUCGAGGGACAGAGAUCUGGUAAACUCCCUCCUAACCAAAGAGUCACUUGGAGAAAAGACUCUGCUCUUUCAGACGGCUCCGCAAUGCAUGUUGAUUUGGUGGGAGGGUACUAUGAUGCAGGGGACAACGUGAAGUUUGGUUUCCCAAUGGCAUUCACAACGACAAUGCUUUCAUGGAGUGUGAUUGAGUUUGGUGGUCUUAUGAAAGGAGAGUUACAGCAUUCCAAAGAAGCCAUUCGCUGGGCUACUGACUAUCUCCUCAAAGCUACUUCUCAUCCAGGCACCAUUUAUGUUCAGGUGGGAGAUGCAAGUCAGGAUCACGCUUGCUGGGAGAGGCCUGAGGAUAUGGACACUCCUAGAAGUGUUUUCAAGAUUGACCAAAAUACCCCUGGCACUGAGGUUGCUGCUGAAACUGCUGCUGCUCUUGCUGCUGCUUCCUUAGUCUUCAGAAAGUCUGAUCCUAAUUAUUCCAAGAUCUUAGCCACAAGGGCCAUCAGGGUGUUUGAGUUUGCUGAUAAGCACAGAGGUGCCUACAGUAAUGGUCUGAGACGAUAUGUGUGCCCCUAUUACUGUGAUUUUUCGGGCUACCAGGAUGAGCUGUUGUGGGGUGCUGCUUGGUUACAUAAAGCAACGAGAAAUCCAACAUAUCUGAGCUACAUUCAAGCAAAUGGACAGACCCUUGGUGCCGAUGAAUCCGAUAACACUUUCGGUUGGGACAACAAGCAUGUCGGAGCUCGAAUUCUUCUUUCCAAGGCAUUUCUAGUCCAAAAUGUUCAGCCUCUCCACGAUUACAAAAACCAUGCAGAUAACUACAUUUGCUCUCUAAUCCCAGGGAACCCUUCUUCCAGUGCCCAAUACACCCCAGGUGGGCUUCUAUUCAAGAUGAAUGACAGUAACAUGCAGUAUGUGACAUCCACCUCUUUCUUGCUAGUAACAUAUGCCAAAUACUUGACCACUUCUCGCAAACUAGUUAACUGUGGUGGAUCCAUCAUUACACCAAGGAAGCUCAGAUCUCUUGCCAAAAAACAGGUGGAUUAUUUGCUCGGUGAUAAUCCAAUGAAAAUGUCUUUCAUGGUUGGAUACGGUUCACGGUAUCCCCUCAGGGUCCACCACAGGGGAUCAUCUCUCCCUUCAAUAUCUUCACAUCCCUCAAAGAUACAAUGCUCAUCUGGCUUCACUAUCAUGAAUUCUCAAUCACCAAAUCCAAACAUAUUGAUUGGUGCUGUAGUUGGUGGGCCCGAUCAGAACGACCGCUUCCCAGAUCAAAGAUCCGACUAUGAGCAAUCUGAGCCAGCCACUUACAUCAAUGCACCCCUUGUUGGUGCCUUGGCUUAUCUUGCCCACUCUUUUGGCCAACUCUAAAAAGAAACCCAAAAACAAAACAUUACUAUUACUUCACUACUUCUACUACUACAACUAGUCCUGUGUUUUCUGCUUUUGUUAUUUUUGAGGGCCAAACAAAUGUUAACUUUCCAGUAAUUAAUUUUAAUUUAGUAGUACUAGAGAAAUAUAUAGUAGUAGUAGUAAUUAAUCAAAGAGCGCAGUAGCCGAGACAAAAUAUCUAGUGCUCGAGCCAUGUAAUGAACUGUGUUGGUCAGUUUGCCCUGUUUAAUGAAUGCCAUUGAAUUAAAGUUAAUACUUUAAUUUUUCUUA